UUCGGAGGCGCGGGAGCCCGCCGGAGAGACUGGCUCGCGCAAACCAUGCUGGAGCCCCGGAGCAAGUGGCGGCGGUGGAGGCGGCGUCGGAGGCGCUCCCAGCAGCGGCAGCAGCUGCUGCCAAGAGCCUGGCUCUCUUCCUCCUCCUCCUCUUCUCCUUCAUCCUCUUGGAUGAUGCCCUGAGCGGCCGGACCCCUCUUGCUGCUCUCCGCCGGACAGCCAUGGGAGAUGGCUGGGUCUUCCUAAGCGAGAGCCUCCAGAACCGGUCCAACUCCAGCGGUGCCCAAAGCAACGCCUCGUCCCCGCCCAGCCCGGGCGCCUUGCCCCUGGCCCCCAAGGAGCUGUCCCAGCAGUGGGUGGUGGGCAUGAGCCUCCUCAUGUCCCUGAUGGUGACCUUCAUCGUGGUGGGCAACGGCAUGGUCAUCGCAGCCAUCGGGCGCACCCAGCGCCUCCAGACCCUCACCAACGUCUUCAUCACCUCCUUGGCUUGCGCCGACCUGGUCAUGGGCUCCGUGGUGGUGCCUUUCGGGGCCACGUUGGUGGUGCGCGACACCUGGCUCUGGGGCUCCUUCCUCUGCGAGUGCUGGACCUCAGUGGACGUCCUGUGCGUCACGGCUAGCAUUGAGACCCUCUGCGUCAUCGCCAUCGACCGCUACUUAGCCAUCACCUCGCCUUUCCGCUACCAGAGCCUCAUGACCAAGAAGCGGGCCAAGGUCAUCGUCUGCGUGGUCUGGGCCAUCUCAGCCCUGGUCUCCUUCCUGCCCAUUAUGAUGCAGUGGUGGAGGGACGACGACCCCGAGGCCUUAUUGUGCUACGACGACCCCGGUUGCUGCGACUUCGUCACCAACAGGGCCUACGCCAUUGCCUCUUCCAUCAUCUCCUUCUACGUCCCCCUCUCUGUGAUGAUUUUUGUCUACAUCAGGGUCUACCGAGAAGCCAAGGAACAGAUGAAGAAGAUCGACAAGUGCGAGGGGCGUUUCUACAACAACCACCACCAAAAGCAGCAACACCAACACCCGCCAACCCACCAGCAGCUGCCUAUCCUUGGCAACGGUCCGGCCACCAGGAGGAAAACCUCCCGCAUCUUGGCCGUACGGGAGCAGAAGGCCCUCAAGACCUUGGGCAUCAUCAUGGGGGUCUUCACUCUGUGCUGGCUGCCCUUCUUCUUGGUCAAUGUGGUCAAGGUCUUCAACAGAGGGCUGGUUCCAGAUCAGCUCUUUGUUUUCUUCAACUGGUUGGGUUACGCCAACUCCGCCUUCAACCCCAUCAUCUACUGCAGGAGCCCUGAUUUCCGGAAGGCCUUCAAGAGGAUGCUGUGCUGCCCAAGGAAAGUGGACCGGAGGCUGCAUGCCACUACUGGGGAUCUCUCUCGGUACCCGGGGGGCUUCAUUAGUACUCUCGGAGAUACUGCCCCAUGCACUCUUGGAGGGACGUGGUCCGAUUACAAUGGUGGUGCCCGGGAUGGAAGUGACUCCAGCUUAGAGGACAGGAACAGUAAAACCUCCCAUUCAGAAUCCAAGGGUUGACACAACUUGACAGCAUACCAUGAAUACAGUGAGUGGCUUGCCACCAUUGGUCUACUAGCUCUUGCCAUGAUUCAUGGCUGUUAGAGACACCUUGGAAGUACAAGUUGGGUCCAGUCUGCCUGAAGACUUCAUCUUCUCCUGACAUGACUCUGCCUGCUUUCUGAAAUCUUCAGGAGAUGGCUUCCUAUCAGCCCCACCAUGAUGAAGAGGCAUAUCUGGCAAGGACACUCGCGAGGGCCUUCUUGGUGUGUGCUUCCAGGGUGUUGAAAUCCCUUCCACAAAAGACUCAGCCAGCAAGAAAUUAUCUUUUUAUUUAGACAAACCUUUGACAAUCAAUUGAUUGCAUACCAAGCUAUUUUAAUGAGAGACUCUGAUGAACUUUUAUUCUUGCUGUUACAUUUUAAAAUAUGUUUAUACUGUUUUAAAUUAAUACUGGUUUAUUUAAUUUUCUUACUUUGUCAUUAUGUUUUUUAAGUUGUGCUGUGUUUUAAUAUGAUCUGCCUUGGGUCCCAUGUUGGGAGAAAGGUGGUAUAUAAAUUAAACAAAUCAACAGAGAAAAACGUUUGCAGUGUUGUGCUUCUCCCCUCACUAGAUGACAUUGCUGUGGUCUACUGGUAAUCACUGAGUAUUAAUUGAUGCCUUACCCAAUGGAGUAAUGUAUAGGUAUUGACAGCCUCUAUCAUGAUUGGUAAGUAGCAAUAGAGUUUCCAGAGGGUUUAUGGUAGUAUCUGCUUGUGUUGCAAU